GUGUGUCUGUGGUGUUUCACCCACUGCUCUCUGUCAUAGAGUAGCUGGUACCUGGGAGGUGUCUGUGUGUGUCUGUGGUGUUUCACCCACUGCUCUCUGUCUGAGUGUUUGAGUUUAACCCCGUGCUGCUCUGCACGAGAGAGAGGAUGGCAAUGUGAAUGUGUUAAUGAUGAACAACUCUUCCAGACAUACGAGACACCGGGGCCAAACCGGUGAUGGUGUACAUUCAUGGGGGAUCCUACAUGGAGGGGACCGGGAAUAUGAUCGACGGGAGCGUCCUGGCCAGCUACGGGAACGUCAUCGUGAUCACCCUGAACUACCGCGUCGGAGUACUAGGGUUCCUGUCUACAGGGGACCAGGCAGCUAAGGGGAACUACGGCCUACUGGACCAGAUCCAGGCUCUGAGGUGGAUCAGUGAAAACAUUGGAUACUUCGGAGGAGACUCCAACCGUAUCACAGUGUUUGGAUCUGGGAUAGGAGCGUCCUGUGUCAGCCUGCUCACCCUCUCACACCACUCUGAAGGUCUGUUCCACCGUGCCAUCAUCCAGAGUGGCUCUGCCCUGUCCAGCUGGGCGGUCAACUACCAGCCUGUGAAAUACACCCGUCUGCUGUCUGAGAAGGUGGGCUGUAACGUUCUGGAUACGCUGGACAUGGUGGACUGUCUGAGGAAGAAGAGUGCCAGGGAGCUGGUUGAGCAGGACAUCCAGCCAGCACGGUACCAUGUGGCCUUCGGACCGGUUAUAGACGGAGACGUCAUACCUGAUGAUCCAGAGAUCCUCAUGGAGCAGGGAGAGUUCCUGAAUUAUGACAUCAUGCUGGGAGUCAACCAGGGGGAGGGGCUUCGCUUCGUGGACAACGUGGUCGACUCAGAGGACGGCAUCUCGGGCAACGACUUUGACUUCUCAGUGUCGGACUUCGUUGACAGCCUCUACGGUUACCCAGAAGGCAAAGACACUCUGAGGGAGACCAUCAAGUUUAUGUACACGGACUGGGCAGACCGCGACAACCCCGAGACACGACGCAAGACGCUGGUCGCCCUGUUCACCGACCACCAGUGGGUGGAGCCGUCGGUGGUGACUGCGGACCUCCACGCCCGUUACGGCUCGCCGACGUACUUCUACGCCUUCUACCACCACUGCCAGAGUCUGAUGAAGCCGGCCUGGUCGGACGCAGCCCACGGGGACGAGGUUCCCUACGUGUUCGGGAUCCCCAUGAUCGGACCUACUGACCUGUUCCCCUGUAACUUCUCCAAGAACGACGUCAUGCUCAGCGCCGUGGUGAUGACAUACUGGACUAACUUUGCCAAGACCGGGGACCCCAACAAGCCUGUUCCUCAGGACACUAAGUUCAUCCACACCAAGGCUAACCGCUUCGAGGAGGUAGCCUGGUCUAAGUACAACCCCCAGGAUCAGCUGUACCUCCAUAUCGGCCUGAAGCCCCGCGUCAGGGACCACUACCGAGCCACCAAGGUGGCCUUCUGGAAACACCUGGUGCCCCAUCUGUAUAACCUCCACGACAUGUUCCACUACACCUCUACCACCACCAAGGUUCCCCCGUCCGAGACGACCCAGAACGCCCUGUCCACUAAGAAGACGUGGCCUUUCAACACCAAGCGGCCCCCCAUGUCCCCGGCGUACAACAACGAGGAUAAUGAGGCGUGGAACGGAGAUGAGGAGACCGGGCCGUUGGUCAUAGAGAACCCCAGGGACUACUCUACAGAGCUCAGCGUCACCAUCGCCGUGGGAGCCUCGCUGCUCUUCCUCAACGUUCUAGCCUUCGCAGCGCUUUACUACCGGAAGGAUAAACGGAGGGAGGCUUUGGGAGGUCGCCGCGGUCAACCCAGCCCACAGACCCGCCACGGCCAGGCUACGUCCAACGACAUCGGUCACCACCAGCGUCCCAACGAGGAGGAGAUCAUGUCUCUGCAGAUCAACCAGACGCACCACGAGGGGGAGGGGAACCCGGGGAAUGACGGGGGGCUGCGUCUGGCCUCGCUUCCCGACUACACUCUGACCCUGCGGAGGUCACCGGACGACAUCCCUCUGAUGACCCCCAAUACCAUCACCAUGAUCCCAAACUCUCUGGUGGGGAUGCCCAACCUGCACCCUUACAACACUUUUACAGCCGGGUUCAACGCCACCGGCCUGCCCCACUCCCACUCCACCACCCGGGUAUAGCUUUACGGAGGAGAGGGAUGGUGGAGGAGAGGGUGAUGGAGCAGGAGAAGAGGAUUCUGUUUUAUAAAUAUCACAGGGAAAGGGUUUGGGGGGAGGAGAGGAGAGGAGAGGGGAGGCAGGAAUAAGUGAGUGGGAUUAAAAAGUCAAGAGAUUUAACUAGACUUUUACUACCAAGAAGAGGACAGAGAGCAUCUGAGAGGAGAGGAAAACUCACUGCUUUCUGUGUGGAUGUCAAGUUGUGCAAAGCUGCCAAAAUCAAACUGCUUCUCCUCCCUCCCUCGACGGGAUGGGGCUGAGGAGGGAGGGGUCCUUUCUGCUGUGUUUUUCUUCUAAGAGUCAUUUUAAAAACCUUUUUAAGCAGACUGACAGGGGAGAUUACCAACACUUUGUUCUCGAAUUCAUAACACCAAGAGAAAAGUUAUUUUUCUUUCUCAUCUUCGUCUCUCCUGAGAGAGACAGAAAAGACACGUUUCAAACAAAGGACUCUACCAGGACGUUGGCAUAAUGUUAGUCGCUUUUCUUUUUUCUUUUUUUCAAUGCCUUACGAAAAGCUUGUUUUGUUUUUCGAUUUCUCUCUCUCUCUCUUAAUUUCUAUUCCAUGUGGAUUGUGUGAAUCAAAAGACACAAGUGACUGAAUCGUGAACAAAUACAGAAAUAAAUAUAGCCACACAAAUGGUAUUUUUUUCAUCUCCCAUAGAGAGGAUUUGUCUGGAAUAGACUCUGCCAUCCCAGAAGACACCACAGGGGUAACAACUAUGUUACUGUGAUUGUUUUGUUAAGAACAAAAGUGCAUAUUUUCACCAAUUUAUCUGUUAAGUGAUCGGAUCUUAUCUCUCUCCACGAAGUGUGCACUUUUACACAGACACACACUGCUCAGCGCACCUGUGUGCAUAUAAACAUGGUUGUGUGUGUGUGUGUGUGUGUGUGUGUGUGUGUGUGUGUGUGUGUGUGUGUGUGUGUGUGUGUGUGUGUGUGUGUGUGUGUGUGUGUGUGUGUGUGUGUGUGUGUGUGUGUGUGUGCGUGCGUGCGUGUGUGUGUGUGUGUAUGUGAGCGUGUAUGUUUGCACACCAGCAUAUCCAUGCUCGUGUGUGUGAGUGCCAGUGUGUGUGUGUGUGUGUGUGUGUGUGUGUGUGUGUGUGUGUGUGUGUGUGUGUGUGUGUGUGUGUGUGUGUGUGUGUGUGUGUGUGUGUGUGUGUGUGUGUGUGUGUGUGUGUGUGUGUGUGUGAGCGUGUAUGUUUGCACACCAGCAUAUCCAUGCUCGUGUGUGUGAGUGCCAGUGUGUGUGCUUACACAAGUGUUUUUGCUUUUGUAAGGCGUUUUA